AAAGUCAAGGGAAAGCGACAUCUUCUGGCGAUGAGAACWAGUUUCGCAAUCUAUGUAGAACUGACAAUAGGUCUUCUAUGUUUUUCAGAACAUGGCCAUGCGUUUUCAACGGCACCUCGUGGUGUGGCCACUGUAAAGCAAAAUAGUCACAGAAUUGUAUCACAUUCUAGCUUGCUAUCGCUGAACAUGCAGCAUCAAGGACGCAGAGAAGAGAGUCAAAACCAAGUGUCGUUAUCGGCCUACGCUUCCGAACUUGUGGAUUACGACACAUCCAGCAGCACAUCAGCGAUUCAAACGCUUCCCGACGCCUCUGUGAUGGACUCGUUUGUCCUUCCAGUGGCUAUGGCAUCGCUCAUGGUUACCGGCAACACUGUCGGAGCCGGAAUGUUGGUAAUGCCCGAAGUUGCAGCAGGGCCAGGACCUAUGCUUACGUUUGGAGUGAUGGUUGGAGCUUGGAUGAUGUGUCUUACCUCCGGCCUCACCAUUGCACAAGUCGCGAUUCAAGAGCACGAAGCAAGUGGAAGCGAAGUCCCGAGUUCCUUCAAGGAAUUUGCUGAAGCAACAUUGCCGAGCGCUUCCAACAUGGUUUCGGGGACAUCUGUUUUCAUCAACACACUGGUGGUCGCUUUUGAUGUUUUCAAGGCGGGGCAAAUAGGAAGCACUCUACUACCUAUCUCGAUUCAGUUGGACGGAAUGAUGCUGUCUUACAUUUAUUCGGGACUAUUGGUAGCUCUGGUUUCCACCCAAUCCCUAACAAAUCUAUCUCGAGUUGCGAGUACUCUUGUAGUGGGUCUUUUUGCAACGUUUGCGGGCCUUUUGUUGCCUGGUCUGGCGAAUGUUCCCGAUCCCGUGUCGGUCCUUUCGUUGCCACCGUUGCUACCAACGGAAGACAUCGGGGAUGGAGUCCUUCGCAUGGCACCGGUUGUGAUUUCGGUCCUGGUUUUCCAGAACAUUGUGCCAACAAUCACACGGCUGUUAGAUUACAAUAGAACGAAGGUUGCAACGGCACUCACGUUUGGAUCAUUCAUUCCACUUCUGAUGUACAUGGCAUGGACCAUCACAGUUCUCGGUGGUGGAAUCACUUCGGAACACAGCUUGGGAACUUUGAUGACGUGCUUUUCGCUUAYAACGGUAGCUGGGUCCUCCUUGGGUGGGUCCAUGUCCCUGUCGGAAGAAUUCGAAAUACUGCUCGGUGCUUCUACAAGUGAUGACAGCGUUGAAGAAAUGGGAGGCAAAAACAAGGAUGGUACCUUCUCGCUGCCGAGCGUGGCCAUGCCGGUCGGAAUUGCAAUGAUUCUAGCCCAGGUCUUUUCCUCGGACAUUACAGAAACAUUACAAAUUGCUGGAGGAUUUGGUUCUCCGAUGUUGUAUGGUAUCAUUCCUGUUUCGAUGAUAUUGAUGCAGCAACGGCAAGCCAACAAGAAUGGAAACUUUGGUACCGAAAUUGUAAUUUCUACGCCGACCCCGAAUGACAAAAAUUCAAACAUUAUCCCGGGUGGUAUCUUCGGGCUUGGGACAUUAGGUCUGGGGUCCAUCUCCCUGAUUGGUUUGGAACUAGUACAGACUUCUGGGGGAGGAAUGUAAAUAACAUGGAUGCGAUUCUUUUUGWGAGACUUUUUUGUCAUGCAACGAGAGAACCUCAACCCAGCUACUGCAACACAACUUCGGUUUUAGAUGAUAGAUAACGACUGGUCGAAUGACUUGAUUAGAAUAGAUUAUUAUUUGCUUCGUAUUGGUGAGAGUUCAGAAUUAAACAUUUUGCGACA